UUUGUAGGUGAUUUUUUUGUAGCGCCGCUGUUUCUGACCUCUAGGUUACUAGACGCUGCCUGCCCGUCCCUUUGCCCUCGGCUAUCGCUCGCCCGCGCCUCAGAUAUGUUUCGCUUGGAGGGCAUGGGUCCCAAAGCUGACCCGGAGGAGCUGCGGAAGAAGAUGCGGCGAGACGUGCUGGUCUCCGUGCGGAAUUUUCUGGUCUAUGUGGCAUUGCUACGAGUCACACCGUUUGUCUUAAAGAAGCUGGACAGUAUAUGAAAUAAUAAUGUAACUUCACAAGAAGCUCUACACAGACGAACUGACUGAAGAAGGGCAUUGGAUAUGUUUCUUUUCCUUAACACUGAGACUAUGGAACAAAAAAAAUGAAGAUCUGGCCAUGAUGUAAUGCUACAGAAUGCAAAGACUAUUGUUCACCCUUUACACACAAAGUUUACUUUUAAAUGUCAAUAUAAGAAGACCACACAUACCAAUCUUUCCUUCACUGAUAUGUUAUGCCUGUACUAUAAUUAUGCUUCUGGACUCCAGAAUGCAGUUUUUUUGUUUUAUUUUGUAAACAUGUGUUCUGUGCCAGCUGUGUAGUACUGUUUGAAAUGUAUAAUUGUGAUCCUGCACCAAUGCAGCCUCACAUGAACAACUCAUAUGGCAUAAGAUGUUAAAUUUUAAUACACAUAUCUAUUAUACGGUGUAUAUGCCUCAUUAAGUUUGUGAAAUCUUGCGGGAUAUUCAAAGUAAAUGGCAACAGAUUGGUUAAACCAGCCAGUUCACGGGCGCCAGGAGACAGAUCUCCAAAUAAGCUGAUCUAAUAUUCAUAUUGCAUAUUCUGCCGCUUGAUACAGUGUUCACAAUAGUUCACUCCAGUUGUGACAACUGUACUGAUACAUGGUUACUAUAAUUUAUGCAAGUGCCAGUCUUUCGGAAUUUUAUGUACAAUUCCGUGCCUUCUAAAAAUAAUUUUUGUAGACUGUUA